GCUGACACCCACAAACACAACCCAGCAACUCCCAUCCACCCACAGCUGAGAGAUGGGCUCAGGGCUCAGGGGAACCCUCGGGGCGCUGCGGGGCCGAACGCAGCCCUUUCCUCUCCUCCUCUUCCUCCCUGUUCCAUGCAGGACAGCCAUGUGUGUGGGGAAGUGCAGCCGGAUCGUGGGUCCCUGCCUGCUGGUGCUGGCCACGCUCUCCAUGGCAGCCGGAAUCCUCCUGCUCUUCCCUGGUGGAGCAUCCAAGUACCUGCUGGAGGGGCACAUCGGCAGCCACGCCAAGGCUCUGCCGGGUGUCUGGGGAGGCGGUAUCGCUGUGAUGCUGGCAGCGACACACAUCACGGCGCUGGGGUGGCAGCGUGUCCCCCACGGGUGCUCCUUGCAGGCGUUCAUCUCCGUGGUGCUCUCCAAGCUGGCUCUCCUGGGCGCUGCCGCCUGCUUCGUGCUCUCCGGGGUGGGACUGGCCAAUGGCCCCCUCUGCUUCUACAACAGCACCGAGCUCGGCCUCAGGCACGGCGCCUUCUGGGGUUACCCCUUCCUCGAUGCCACUGACCUGGGGCCUGACGCCAGGGCUGAGAACUACCUGCACAACCGGAGCACCUGGAGCAUCUGCCUGGAGCCGGAGGGCAUCGUGACCUGGCAUGUUGUCCUGUUCUCCCUCCUGCUGCUCAUCAGCGUGGCUGAGAUGGUGCUGGCCUUGCUCCAGAUCCUCAACGGCUGCCUCGGCUGCCUCUGUGGCUUCUGUGAGGGGAAGUAGGGCCCAGAGGGGGCAGUGCCAGGAGGCUUGGAGGAGGUGUCACCCUGGCUGUCACCGGCUGCUGGCACACGCUGCAGAGGGGGCACGGCAGGAGUUGUGAUGCCAGCCCGGUGCGAGAGCUCCCGUAGGGGAUGGACACCCCAAGUGUUGAAGCAGCUCGUGGGGCUGAUGUUCCAUGGGCUGCUCCUGUGCAGAGCCCCUGGCCUGGGUUGUGCCCCUUCCCUUGGGGCUGGCGGACAUUUGGGGCUGGAAACUGGCCCCAUAAGGGAUGGAGGUGAGGACCCGGCUCCCAGCACCCCAGUGUGAGCCCAGCAGCUGCCUCAGCCACUCCUCAUGAUACUGAAAUGAGGCAGAAAACCUGUUUUCUAACACAAUUUGAGGCAUUAGAAAGCAGGCAUUCUUUAUCACAGAGCUGGACACACACAGGAUCUCUCCUCUGAUCGAACGUGUGUUGUGAAACCCCAACAGGGGGUGUGUGUUCCAUCGUGAUCAGACAGAUUCAUUACAAGGGAUUUUCUGGAGAAUACAUAAACAUCACUUUUCCUAGAACAAAUUUACAUGCCUCCAUCCUUUCCUGGAAGUCCUUUUUUGGUCCCAGAGGGCUGUACUCACUGAGUGCCCCAAUAUUGUGACCUUGCCUUGAACUUCUCUCAGGCCAUGAGCUGCUGUUUCUUGUUACAUAACUUUGCCACAAAAGUCAUUAUGUUUCUCAUUACCUGUUUCUCCGCUAAUUCCAGAUGUGUUUAGCAUCCUGUGUGCCUACUUUUACACCCUUUUAUCUCACUUGCUAGUUAGUAUUUAAGUUCUAUUUUGCAACUUCAAGAGAGCUGAAAAUUUCUGUUCUCCAUGUUGUCUGUCACUUGUCAGCCUCCACCCACCCCAGUGGAAAAUGAGGCAUGGUGGUGUCACACACUGCAGAGCUGGACACUUCUGUUAAUCAGUUCAUGUUCAGAGCAGUUGAGCUGGUGUUUGUCACCUGCACAGGGCAGGAGAGGUGAAGGAGACUCAAGGUGGGGCACUCAGAUGGAGUUGUGCUGGGGGAGGCAGAGCUGGAAUUGAGGUGCAGCUCCCUCAGAGUUCACCCCUACACAAGUGUCAGGAGCAGCUGAUGCUCAUUCCCAGGAGCAGGACCUGUGCUCAGCCCCUUCCCCAUAACCCUUUCAGGACCCAGUGUGGGCCUGAGCCUGCCUGUGCUGGGAGGGGCUUUGCCCCCAGACUGACAAGGGUCAGAGGAGAGCAGAGAUGGC